GACGUCAACACAAACAAACAUGGAGGAGUACGCGCGUGAGCCCUGUCCGUGGAGGAUCGUGGAUGACUGUGGAGGAGCUUUCACCAUGGGAGCGAUUGGAGGAGGAGUGUUUCAGUCCGUCAAGGGUUUUCGUAAUGCACCUGCUGGUGUUCGGCAUCGAUUGAAAGGCAGUGCAAAGGCCGUCCGCAUCAGAGCUCCACAGAUUGGAGGCAGCUUUGCAGUUUGGGGCGGCCUAUUCUCAACUAUUGACUGUGGUCUCGUUCGUUUAAGAGGAAAAGAGGAUCCCUGGAACUCGAUCACAAGUGGAGCUCUGACGGGGGCUAUUCUGGCAGCACGCAGUGGACCUCUGACGAUGGUGGGCUCUGCGAUGAUGGGAGGGAUUUUACUGGCUCUUAUUGAGGGAUUUGGGAUACUUUUAACCAGAUAUACAGCACCGCAGUUUCAGAACCCGAUGCCGUUCGCAGAGGAUCCAAGUCAGUUACCUCCAAAAGACAGAGGUCCAUAUUAAGGUCCAACAUUUCAGUUCAACAUUUCAACAAAAGCACAGCGUGAGUAAAGGCAGACGUCAUUUUGUCAUUUCAAACACGGUCAGGCCUCUCGCUGAGCCGCCGCCGACCUGCUGCAUUACGUCUUUACCACUCAGGACAGUAUCAAGUUAUUAUUUAGUACAUUUGUUAUGUUUUAGGUUGAAUGUGACCUACUGAAAUACACGCGUGUCGCUUUGCACUAGUUUUAUUUUCAGUUGUUGUUUUUUUCCAAGGGAAUUUGUGCAAUACUUAAAUCCCGAAGAAGUGAAUAGCCAAAGAUUUUAGAUUUUUACGCUACCAUGUUGAUAACUGUUUUUACAAGCUGAAAAUUGUUUUAGCUGGAACUUUAUCUCGCUAUUUAUUUAACUGCUUAUUUAGAGUGUUUGUUUUGUAAUGCAUUUAUCACCAUUUAGCACUUUUUUAAACCAUGUCCUUCUCUCAGUUGGUCACGUGAUUCAUUUGAGUCGAUAGAAAGUCGUAAUAUUUUUUGUUUUUAUGUCUCGGUUUUAUGUCGGGUUUGUCUCGUAUUUCUGUUGUUUGAUAUUUGAUGGAGAAUAAUAAAAACUUCAAAUCUU